CGCGUUUAAGUCUUUGCAAAUCCCGUCCACCACCACCUCAACUCUCUCAAACUUUUCCUCUUCAAAUUUUCCACAAAUCAUUCCCACCAAUCACUCACACCCACAACACAAACAACAUCAACACCAACACACACCACAGUACAACUACAACACAACGCAACGCAACUUCAUCCUUAAUAAUUGAUUCUUCAUAAGUCACAAACACACCCCAAUUAUUUGUCAUCUUUCAACUUUCAACCAUCUCCACCUCACUAUUUUUUCCAUCAAAACCCAAAAAAAAAAACACCAAACACCCCACAACUUCAUAGUACUACUACUAUAUUUCAGAUCCAAACGAAAAAACCUCAACAACAAUGGCAGACAUAGUAAAACAACUUUUAGCAAAACCGAUCCAAUUAGCAGACCAAGUAAGCAAAGCAGCAGAAGAAGGAAGUUCAUCAUUCAAAUCAGAAUGUUUAGAAUUAAAAUCCAAAACCGAAAAACUCGCUUCUCUUCUCCGACAAGCCGCAAGAUCAAGCUCCGAUUUAUACGAAAGACCAACACGUCGAAUCAUCGGAGACACCGAACAAGUUCUCGAAAAAGCAUUAACCUUAGUUCUCAAAUGUAAAGUCAACGGUCUCAUGAAACGCGUUUUCAGCAUAGUACCUUCCGCCGCUUUUCGGAAAAUGUCUUCUCAUCUUGAGAAUUCAAUCGGUGAUGUUUCAUGGCUUCUCCGUGUUUCAGCUCCGGCUGAAGAAGGUAGUUAUGAAUGUUUAGGUCUUCCACCUAUUGCUUCUAAUGAACCGAUUUUAGGUUUAAUUUGGGAACAAAUUGCGAUUCUUCAUAAUGGAUCUUUUGAUGAUCGAUCUGAUGCUGCUGCUUCUUUGGUUUCUCUUGUUCGCGAUAAUGAUCGGAAUGGGAAAUUGAUUAUUGAAGAAGGUGGUGUUGGUCCUUUGUUGAAACUUUUGAAAGAAGGUAAAAAAGAAGGUCAAGAAAAUGCUGCUAAAGCUAUUGGACUUUUAGGUCGUGAUGCUGAAAGUGUUGAGGUUAUGAUUCAUGCUGGUGUUUGUUCUGUUUUUGCAAAGAUUCUUAAAGAAGGUCCUAUGAAAGUUCAAGCUGUUGUAGCUUGGGCUGUUUCUGAACUUGUUUCUAAGUAUCCUAAAUGUCAAGAUGUUUUUGCUCAGCAUAAUAUUGUUAGGUUACUUGUUAGUCAUAUUGCAUUUGAAACUGUUCAGGAACAUAGUAAAUAUGCCAUUGUUAGUAAUAAGCCGAAUUCCAUUCAUGCUGUUGUGAUGGCUAGUAGUAAUGGUGCUGCUGCUGUUGGUAAUAAUGGUGAUAUGUCGGGUUCGAAUGAUGUGAAAAAAGAAACUGAAGAUGAGGUGAAAAUUCGGAUGAAUCAUCCUUUAGGUGAUAGGUCUACGAAUCAGAUGCAUAAAGUGGUGACUAGUACUAUGGCAAAGCAUGCUGCAAGUGCAAACAGCAACAAGAAUCAGAAAACUGAUGAAAGUGGUGAAGCGGGUCUAAACUCUCAUUCUCAGGUGGCUGGUCAAUCAAAUGGGAAUGGGAACGGGAAUGGUAACACGAAGCAAAGCUAUUCGUAUUCUGGAAUUAACAUGAAGGGAAGGGAACUUGAGGAUGAUGCCAGUAAGGCUCACAUGAAGGCAAUGGCAGCAAAGGCUCUUAGGUAUUUAGCAAAGGGUAACUCGGGGAUUUGUCGUAGCAUAACAGAAUCAAGGGCUUUGUUAUGCUUUGCGAUUCUACUUGAGAAAGGACCUGAAGAAGUGAAGUAUAAUUCUGCUUUGGCGUUGAAAGAGAUUACUGCAGUGGCUGAGGAAGAUCCUGAGUUGAGACGAUCGGCGUUCAAACCUAACACUCCAGCUUGUAAAGCGGUUGUUGAUCAAGUGAUUGAUAUUAUCGACAAAGAAGAUAAGAGACUCUUGAUUCCUUGUAUCAAGGUUAUUGGAAGUUUGGCAAGGACGUUCAGGGCAACUGAGACAAGGAUUAUUGGUCCGUUGGUUCGACUUCUUGACGAAAGAGAGGCUGAAGUAUCAAAAGAGGCUGCAGACUCACUUGCAAAAUUCGCCUGCAAUGAUAACUAUCUCCACCUUGAUCACUCUAAGGCAAUUAUAAGCUUUGGUGGUGCAAAACACUUGGUUCAGCUUGUGUAUCUUGGGGAGCAACCAGCAGUUCAACAUUCUGCCUUGGUUCUGCUAUCCUAUAUUGCAUUGCAUGUGCCAGACAGCGAAGAACUUGCUCGAGCCGAGAUUCUUGGAGUUCUUGAAUGGGCGUCCAAGCAACCUAACAUGACUCAGCAUGAAACCAUUGAGGCAUUGUUGCAAGAAUCCAAGAGUAGGCUUGAGCUUUACCAGUCUAGAGGUUCAAGAGGGUUCCAAAAACUACAUCAAUAAGAAAAGUAAUUAAUUAUUAUUGUUGUUGCUGUGUGAGGUUUUUGAAUGAUUUGUAUCUUAUCUAUUUUUCUCGCGAAGAGUGUAUAUACAAUCCAUUGCCUUCUUCAUUUGUUCAGGUUCAUUUUCAACUAUGAAGAAGAGAUUAUUUGUUCUUCUAGGUUUUAAAUUUCUUCCACUACAACCGAUCCUUUUGCUGAAUUUAGUACCUACCUCCAUAUUCCGAUAGGAAACACUAAUAUUUUGUCAUUGUGUCUUUGUAAACAACCUCCCAUUUGCUCUAUGCUUACAGUUCAUCUUUUAGCAAUGGAAGCCAAUAAUGUUGCACUGCAGGAAUUAAUAAAGAACCGUAGACACAGAUGCAAGAUAUCAGCAAAAUAUGGCAGAUCAAAAAAUGCAGUUGGAAAAUGGUACUAGUAUGAGUCAAUCAGGGUCAAAGACUGCUUGAUUACUCUGUAAGUUAGUCAUCUGUCAUAAUGGUUUAAAUGUAACUAUAUUGACAUUUGUUUAUUUUCUACGGCUUGUAAAAUAAUAUUGCAUUAGAUGUAUGUUUGUUAGAUUAGAUUUUCACAAUGAAGAAACUAUUUGGUCUA